AUGUCACAAACGCAAAAUCACGACCAAAUAUCAAUUCGCAGUAUCGAUAGCGCUGAAAAUCAAUCAUCAAGUGACAAUUUGAGUGACAAUGGAAGCACUAAAGAGCAAGAAAAUUAUGAUUUUCCAAUGCAAAUCAACGAUUCGGCUCCGAGAACGAACAAAAUUACCAUGAACAAUCCCUUAAAUACGAAUGUUGGCGACUCUCACAACUUUUACGGGCCGGUUACGUUGCUUUUGCAUCCAAAAAAUGAUGAAUUAGUGAAGAAUGUUAUCAAAAAUGGGGAUAAUGGAACGAAUUUGGAAAUGGAUUGCGGAGAUGAAAUUCAUCAAGUCACGAUAGAUUCAGGAAAUUUCGAGCAAAAAUCGUCGAUAAUUUUGAACCAACAGCAAAGUACAAACGAUCCUCAAGUAAAUUUGACAGUUCCGCAUGAAACUCUAAAUCACACUUUUGGCUUUCUCAUCUCAAAACGACUAAAAGUGACGCUAAUAAUCGUUCUUGCGGGUACUUGUCUUUUCCUCGUCGGCAUGAUCUUGCUUGGAUACUUUCUAAACAAAAAUUUUUAUGAUGAACUUGUAACAUGAAAUUUUUUUAAAACUGAAAUUAGUGAAAUUUUGAUAUUAGUGAGUGAGAAAUAAAUUAAUUUUAUGAAUUUUGAAGUGACGUAAGAACUUAAAAUUGACUU